GCGGCCGAGCAAGCGGGGCGGGGGCGCGGGGCGCGGCGCGCACGGAGAGUCCGCUCCGGCCGGAGGUGCCGGGGCCCGGCCGGGAGCGAGCAGCGCCGGCAGCGCAGCAGAGCCCGCUGCCUGGGACAUGGCCAAGGCGGGCGGCUCAGGUGGCCCUUCCCCGGGUGGCGGUGCCCCCUGGCACCUCAGGAAUGUCCUCAGUGAUUCAGUGGAGAGUUCAGAUGAUGAAUUCUUUGAUGCUAGAGAGGAGGUGGCUGAAGGUAAGAGCGCCAUCCUUAUUGGAAUGAGCCAGUGGAGCUCCAAUGACCUGGUGGAGCAGAUCGAGACCAUGGGGAAGCUGGAUGAGCAUCAAGGAGAAGGGGCCACAGCGUGCACAUCCAGCAUCUUGCAGGAGAAACAGCGAGAACUGUAUCGGGUGUCCCUGAGAAGACAGAGGUUCCCAGCCCAAGGAAGCAUCGAGAUCCACGAAGAUGGCGAGGAAGGCUGCUCACAGCGUUCCUGCAAGACACAUGUCCUCCUUCUGGUGCUGCAUGGGGGCAACGUCCUAGACACCGGCUCUAGUGACCCUUCCUGUAAGGCGGCCGACAUUCACACCUUCAGUUCUGUGCUGGAGAAGGUCAUGCGCGCCCACUUCCCUGCUGCCCUGGGCCACAUCCUCAUCAAAUUUGUCCCUUGUCCUGCCAUCUGCUCGGAGGCUUUCUCACUCGUCUCUAACCUGAACCCGUAUAGCCACGACGAGGGCUGCCUCAGCACCAGCCAGGAUCACGUUCCCCUGGCUGCCCUUCCCCUGCUGGCCAUCUCCUCUCCACAGUACCAGAAUGCUGUUGCCACUGUCAUCGAGCGAGCCAACCACACCUAUGGAGAGUUUCUCAAGUCCUCAGAUGGGAUUGGCUUCAGUGGGCAGGUGUGUCUCAUCGGGGACUGCGUGGGCGGCCUCCUGGCUUUCGAUGCCAUCUGCUACAGUGCAGGGCCCUCAGGGGACAGCCCUGGCAGCAGCAGCCGGAAGGGGAGCAUCAGCAGUACCCAGGACACCGCUGUGGUGGAGGAGGACUGUGAUCUGGCCAGCAGCAAGCGUCUCAGCAAGAGUAACAUUGAUGUAUCCAGUGGAGUGGAGGAUGAGGAGCCCAAGAGGCCAUUGCCACGGAAACAGAGUGCCUCCUCCACCUACGACUGCGAGGCCAUCACCCAGCAUCACGCCUUCCUCUCAAGCAUCCACUCCAGUGUGCUGAAGGAUGAGGCCGAGGUUCCUGCAGCUGGCACACCCCAGCUCUCUGAGGUCAGCCUGGGUCGCUUUGACUUUGACGUGUCUGACUUCUUCCUCUUUGGCUCACCCCUGGGCCUGGUCCUGGCCAUGCGGAGGACAGUGCUGCCUGGGAUAGAUGGUUUCCAGAUGCGUCCUGCCUGUAGCCAGGUCUACAGCUUCUUCCACUGUGCGGAUCCCUCAGCCUCACGGCUUGAGCCACUGCUGGAGCCUAAGUUCCACCUGGUGCCUCCUGUCAGCGUGCCUCGCUACCAGCAGUUCCCCCUGGGCGACGGACAAUCUCUUCUGCUCGCUGAUGCCCUGCACACCCACAGCCCCCUAUUCCUGGAGGGCAGCUCCUGGGGAAGCCCCCCGCUUCUGGAUGCCCCUGCCUCGCCCCCUCAGGCCCCAAGAUUCCAGCGCCCAGGACGGAGGCUGAGUGAAGGCAGCUCCCAUAGUGACAGUUCAGAGUCCUCGGACAGCCUGGCACCUAUGGGAGCCUCCCGCAUCACAGCCAAGUGGUGGGGAACCAAGAGGAUUGACUAUGCCCUGUACUGCCCUGAUGUCCUCACCGCCUUCCCCACUGUGGCCCUGCCCCACCUCUUCCACGCCAGCUACUGGGAAUCUACCGAUGUGGUCGCCUUCAUCUUGAGACAGGUUAUGCGUUAUGAGAGCGCAAGUGUUAAGGAGAACACUGGCCUGGAUCCCACGGCUCUGAGCCCUGCUAACCCUCGUGAGAAGUGGCUGCGCAAGCGGACCCAGGUCAAGUUGCGGAAUGUUACGGCGAACCACCGUGCCAAUGAUGUCAUUGCUGCUGAAGAUGGCCCCCAGGUUCUGGUGGGGCGCUUCAUGUAUGGCCCUCUUGACAUGGUGGCUCUGACUGGAGAGAAGGUGGACAUUCUGGUGAUGACAGAGCCAUCGUCAGGCCGCUGGGUCCAUCUGGACACAGAGAUCACCAACAACAGCGGCAGGAUCACAUACAAUGUGCCCCGGCCUCGGCGUCUGGGGGUUGGUGUCUAUCCUGUAAAGAUGGUGGUCAGGGGUGACCAGACCUGUGCGAUGAGCUACCUCACAGUGCUGCCCCGAGGCAUGGAGUGUGUUGUGUUCAGCAUCGACGGAUCCUUUGCGGCCAGCGUGUCUAUCAUGGGGAGCGACCCCAAGGUCCGGCCAGGUGCAGUGGAUGUUGUUCGGCACUGGCAGGACCUGGGCUACAUGAUCCUUUACAUCACUGGGCGGCCAGACAUGCAGAAGCAGCGGGUAGUGUCGUGGCUGUCCCAGCACAACUUCCCACAGGGCAUGAUCUUCUUCUCGGACGGACUGGUGCACGACCCGCUGAGGCAGAAGGCAAUCUUCCUUCGCAACCUCAUGCAGGAGUGCUUCAUCAAAAUCACUGCUGCCUACGGGUCCAUGAAAGACAUCUCUGUCUACAGUGUGCUGGGCCUCCCUGCAUCCCAGAUCUUCAUUGUGGGCCGGCCCACCAAGAAGUACCAGACCCAGUGCCAGUUCCUGAGUGAAGGCUACGCCGCACACUUGGCAGCACUGGAGGCCAGCCACCGCUCGCGCCCCAAGAAGAAUAACUCACGCAUGAUCCUGCGCAAGGGCAGCUUCGGGUUGCACGCUCAACCAGAGUUUCUGCGCAAGCGCAAUCACCUGCGCAGGACCAUGUCGGUGCAGCAGCCGGACCCACCGGCCCCCAACCCUAAGCCCGAGCGGGCACAGAGCCAGCCCGAGUCCGACAAGGACCACGAGCGGCCGCUGCCCGUGCUCAGCUGGGCGCGCGGGCCCCCCAAGUUCGAGUCGGUGCCCUGAGAGGUGGGCGGUGCUCAGAACAGUGGGGGCAGCUAGGCAGCCUGCAGGGAAGGGAAGGGUUACCUUCUCUCUGACACAGGCGUUUUCCUGCUUUUUCCCUCCUGUGUCUGUCCAGCAGUGUCCGACCAGAGCAGGGAGGGACCUAGCCCUGACAUUGGGGAGCUCUCUGGGCCGCGAUGGGGUAAAAUCCAUCUCCCCAUGCCUGUGCCCACAAGCCGGAGUCAGGAGUGAUGUGUGAGUGUGACUCUUGGGUCAAGCCUGCCUGUGCCCAGUGUUUGGGUAAAGUCGACCAUCUUUUCGAGUCCCAAGGUUUCUGUAGCCCCGCUAGGCAGGCUCAAACCAGAUAAGCUCCCAGCGCUGGGCACACGGCCGGACAGGUGUUUGUCCCCAGCGGCUUGCAGGUGCAGCAACUUGACCGUGUGUAGAGGAGUGAGUGGCAUUUGUGCCUGCUCUCCUUGUGACAUCGGGGGCACCACUUUGGUGCUGGCUGUCUUGUGACUGCAGUGAGGUCAUUUUGCGGGAGAGGACAUUCCCUGGGUUCAAUCUAUGUAUGUGGAGUCUGUCCACGACCCAGGGGACCCGGUCUGGUGCUGACUGUCUUGUCCUCUGUUUCCCUUCUUGUUCUCAGUGUCUUUAUUCUCCUGUGGCCCUUGGGGACAGGUGUCCCUUUUCCUUGAGUCUUGCCUUGAGCGUUUCCCUGAGAGGCUGCAGCCAUGGACUCCGGUCCGAGUUGGUCUGGCUGUGUGCCCUGGAGUCUGUAGCAUAUCAUCUUUGGACCCUGCCCUUUUCUGUAACUAGAAGGGGCCUCCUGGCUGAGAUGGGUCCUGGGUUUGACUCCUAGGCUGUCCAGCAUUUCUUCACUCUGGGGCUUUACAAAGUGAGCCUCCUCCUCAUCCCAUCCCUCCCCACCCCGGGAGAGAGAUUCUGGGGUGGGGCUGAAAGGGAGCCCAGACCUCAGAGGAAGGAAGGUACUACUUCAAAGAGAACAUGCUGGUUUGUGUACACGGAGGGAAACGGAAACUGCUUCCUUCCACCAACAAGGGGGACAACAUGGCUGCCCCUUCCAUAGCUCUGCUCUGACUGACUCUUACACUUUAGGUUUCUGGAAUGCAUAAAGCUGAGAUCUCGGGUUCUGGAGGUUCAUGGAAUAUUGGCUCAAGCUGUUGUAAUCUCUUCCCUUCCCUGGCCACUCAGUUUGGUUUGAGCCUAGAACCUCCUCUAGGGUAGUCAGACCCCUUAGGGUGGUGGCAGGGGAUGUUUCUUUGCUGCCAAGAUCCUGGCCUUGGCACAGUCGGCCCUUGCUCCCUGGCCCAGGCUGAACCCUGUUGUAUGGCCACCUGGGUGGCUUAGAACCCCCUGUGCUGCCACGGAGGCCAGAGCCAAAUAUCUGUGUACACAGCAGGCACUUGUCAGCUCAGUGUCGCUUCUGUUCAAUGUCUACCUCUUGCAGCUCCCAUGCAGCCUGUGGUGGCUGCUGAUGGGGGUGGCUGGCACCAUGUGGUGAGUUGCCCAGCAAACUGGGUGCCUCACUUAGGCUGGAGGGGGUGUGGGCUCCCAGGACCCACCCCGCUGUUUCCACUCCAAUGUCUUCUCCAGCCUGCCAGCCCCUGUUCCCCUGCCCAUCCCAUCUAUCUGCCAGCUCUCCCACUGCACUGUCAGCCCUGCAUUUGGCAAACAGAGUCCAUCACUGCCAGGGGGCUGCAGAGAGGGCAAGGAGGUAUGGGACCAGCUUUAGCUUCCCUUUCUGUCCUGCCUCCUAGAAGUUCAUACCUGCCCCCAUUAUUCCUUCUAGAAGUUCAUACCUGCCCCAUUAUUCCUUCUAGAAGUUCAUACCUGCCCCCCAUCAUUUCUUCUAGAAGUUCAUACAUGCUCCCACCACCAUUUCUAUUAGAAGAAGCUCAUCCCCCCCCCCAUCAUUCUUGCCUAUCUUUUGUCACCAGCUCAUAUGGUAUAGCCACCUGAGUUGCAGUCCUUUCCCCUGAAUGCUGUGAUUUGAGCUUGGAUACACCCGAAUGAUUCUCUCACAGCCCUUUGUCUCCUCUCAGCAGGAGCCACUGAGUCUAACUUUCAAAUGACAAGUGCUUCUUCCUUUUUUGAGAACCCCAGGCUGAGUGUAUGUGUGAGUGGGGGACCCCCAGAGAGAAUGGAGCCAGUGACAGGGCUCUGUGGGUCAGAGCCAGCCAGAGGCCCCACCCCUCUUUUGCUAGAGCCCCACAUUGGGGCUUGGGUGACCCCUUUUGAGAUGCCGCUAGUGUCCAGGUGUUGUGACUACCGCCCUAGGAACUGCUGCGGCCCGUGCGGGGGAAGUACGCACUCGCUGCGCGGUUGAGUGCGCAGCUUAGUAUUGCUGCCCGGCAACUGUACUCCACGUAUGCUUUUUACUAGUGCUGUGUUAGGUCAGAGACAAAAGGAGCUGAUUCCUAGUGUUCUCCAGAGGGGAGUGCUGUUGCCUCCUCCAGUAGUUCCGUGACACCCCAUCCAGCCGUUUUCUAGCGACCUCUAGCUCCUGGUGUGCCUGCUCUCCAGCUGCUGGAAACAUGUUCCUGCUUGACCAAAGUUCCCGUAUCUGAGUGGCAUGUUUGUUCUUCCCGUGUGGUGACUGUCCUGACCUGGCCGAGGGAUGCCUGACACCUUCCUUUAUCCCUUGUCCUGUUGUGGGUUGCUGGAGCCUGCUCUUUCAGCCUCGUGCCCCUCACCCACAAAGGUUGACCCCUUCCCGAAGCAUCACAACAUAUUUUUUAAGAAAUAAAUUAUUUUCAUGCAUUCAGACGAACAGCCUUCCUGCCUGGGUGCUGGGUUACAACAAGUGUAUCUGAACCCCAGUAUUGCUGAGAUUGGGGUGGUUCUCCGAAGGAGGGAAGGCUGAACCUAAUGGUUUUUAAACUGUACUUGGGGCCCUUUGUAGCCCAGAGCUGUGCCCCGGGGGAAGUAUCCUGCAGACAAAACAUGGCACCUAGCUUUCACUGAGGAAUGGGCCCUGCCAGACCAGCGCGUCCAGGUCUGGAGGAGGUGCCACUUUUGCAGGCAUACUCUCCAUCCAGCUCAGGUGAAGCCCCAUCCGGGAGGGGCCCCCUGACUGUAGGAGCCUUGCAGUUGACCCCGCCUUAAACAACCACUUUCCAGCGGAAUUCCCGGGGUUCCAUUCCAAGUGCUCUGGAAAAUUAUAUAUAUCCCAUUUCUUUCCCUUUUGGUCUAGGGAGGAAUUUCUCAUACACCCAAGUUAAGUGUUGAGUACAAGUAGCAGAGCCCUGCUGAGUUCUGAGCUUGCUGGGAAACUAACGGGGAGGUUGGGAAGAAAAUCGGAAUUUGACUCCGCCCUGUGGUGGCACGGAAGAGGUGGGGACACGAAGGAGCAGGCAGUGUAGGAACAAUGGCUAGAGUGGGACAUGCCCCCUGAGACCCAGGCCCACUGUUCCUUUCUCUGUGUUUACUCAGUGGUGGCAGCCAGUCUGACCUUGUCUGUGGUCUGCUUGUCCCUGUGUGUAACUUCCAGUACUCUCUGUGACGGCUGGUUCUGUGCUAGAAAAGGCUUAUUAUAGUCCUCAUGGCUGCCUUGUACAAAAUCCGUUAGAAAAGAAAAUGUAAAAUAUCCAAUUUCUAACAAGACAAAAACAGCAUUAUGGAGUUAAAAGAUUUUUACAAUUGGUCUUGAUUUUGAUGUGAGCUGUUUUUAACUCUGAAACGUUGUCACUGAAAUAAAAACCUAAUUUGCCUUUAA